AUGUUGGAGGAGGCAAUACUGCUGGACGCCGGUUUCCGUCUGCAGUAUUGGAGUGGUUUCCGAAUACCGAAACCCCGUGCUUUGAAUUCAGAAUUUGCUGACGACUCUGUUGUCCAGUACAGCUCCAGAGUGGCUGCCUUUUGGGGAGAUAUCGCUUUAGAUGAAGAUGAUCUGAAGCUGUUUCAGAUAGACAGAACUGUUGACUUAACAAAGCGCUCAGAUGGCAACGCACGACACACCUCAGGUGGCCUGGGAGAACAGUCCCUCGUGUCGAGCGAGAACGCCACUGCAACGGAUCGUAGUGACAAAGCAGUUAAAAAGGACGGCAGGCAGAACACAACGCUUGCGAGGAGACCGAAGAGGAAGGAAUAUAACAAUGAGUCUGGGAUGGAGACGCACUCCUCUCCCAGAGUGCGCAGGGCAACCACAUCCAGGGCUGAGAGGAUCUGGCCGGGGGGGGUCAUUCCCUAUGUGAUCGGAGGAAAUUUCACUGGAACCCAAAGAGCUAUCUUUAAGCAAGCAAUGAGGCACUGGGAGAAGCACACUUGUGUGACGUUUGUGGAGAGAACUGAUGAAGAGAGUUUCAUUGUGUUCACGUACAGAACGUGCGGGUGCUGCUCGUACGUAGGUCGCCGAGGAGGAGGCCCUCAGGCUAUAUCCAUUGGGAAGAACUGCGACAAGUUUGGUAUUGUGGCUCAUGAGCUGGGUCAUGUGGUGGGUUUCUGGCACGAGCACACGCGGCCUGACAGGGACCAGCAUGUCACCAUCAUCAGAGAGAACAUACAGCAAGGUCAGGAGUACAACUUUUUAAAGAUGGAAGCCGGGGAAGUGAACUCACUGGGCGAGACCUAUGAUUUCGACAGCAUCAUGCACUAUGCUAGGAACACGUUCUCCAGAGGGGUUUUCCUCGACACCAUCCUUCCCCGUCGUGAUGAUAACGGGGUCCGGCCAACUAUUGGUCAGCGUAUUCGCCUGAGUCAGGGAGACAUCGCUCAGGCAAGGAAGUUGUACAAAUGCCCAGCUUGUGGAGAGACCUUGCAGGACUCUACGGGGAAUUUCUCAGCCCCUGGCUUUCCAAACGGCUACCCCUCCUAUUCGCACUGUGUCUGGAGGAUCUCGGUGACCCCAGGGGAGAAGGUGAUGUUAAACUUCACGUCGAUGGACCUGUUCAAAAGCCGCCUGUGCUGGUAUGAUUAUGUGGAGGUACGCGACGGCUACUGGAGGAAGGCUCCGUUACUGGGUAGAUUUUGUGGCGACAAGAUCCCUGAACCAGUAAUCUCCACGGACAGCAGGCUGUGGAUCGAGUUCCGGAGCAGCAGUAACAUCCUGGGCAAAGGCUUCUUUGUGGUCUACGAAGCUUUUUGUGGAGGAGAAAUUCACAGGGACGCUGGCCAGAUCCAAUCUCCCAAUUACCCAGAUGACUACAGACCUUCCAAAGAGUGCGUCUGGAAGAUCACCGUUUCGGAGGGCUUUCACAUCGGAAUCACAUUCCAAGCCUUUGAGGUUGAAUGGCAUGAUGCAUGUUCUUAUGACUACCUGGAGAUCCGAGAUGGCCUCACUGAAUACAGCCCACUGAUCGGUCACUUCUGUGGCUACGAGAAGCCAGAAGAUAUCAAAUCCAGCUCAAAUAAAGUAUGGAUGAAGUUUGCAUCUGAUGCAACCAUAAACAAAGCAGGCUUUGCAGCAAAUUUCUUUAAAGAGGUGGAUGAAUGUUCUCUGCCGGACAAUGGUGGGUGUGAGCAGCACUGUGAGAACACGCUGGGCAGUUACAAAUGCACCUGUGAGCCUGGCUAUGAGUUGACAGCUGAUAAAAAGAGCUGUGAAGCUGCCUGUGGGGGCUUCAUCACCAAGCUCAAUGGGACCAUUACUAGCCCUGGAUGGCCCAAGGAAUAUCCUACUAACAAAAACUGCGUCUGGCAGGUGGUAGCUCCAGCCCAGUACCGGAUCUCUCUGCAGUUCGAAGUGUUUGAGCUGGAAGGCAAUGAUGUCUGUAAAUAUGACUAUGUUGAGGUUCGCAGUGGGCUGGCUUCUGACUCCAAGCUGCAUGGCAGGUUUUGUGGCUCCGAGAAGCCCGAAGUGAUCACCUCGAAUGGCAACAACAUGAGACUGGAGUUCAAAUCAGACAACACGGUCUCCAAGAAAGGCUUUAAAGUUCACUACUUCUCUGACAAGGACGAAUGCUCCAAAGACAAUGGUGGUUGCCAGCACGAAUGUGUCAACACCUUUGGGAGCUAUGUAUGCCAGUGCAGAAAUGGCUUCAUGCUGCAUGAGAAUGGCCACGACUGUAAAGAAGCUGGUUGUGAGCACAAGCUGAGUGGAGCGGAAGGAACGAUGAGCAGUCCAAACUGGCCUGACAAGUACCCCAGCCGAAAAGAGUGCACGUGGGACAUCUCUGCAACGCCCGGCCACCGAGUGAAAGUCACGUUCAACGAGUUUGAGAUCGAACAGCACCAAGAAUGUGCCUAUGACCACUUAGAAAUGUACGACGGGCCCAAUAGCAAGUCACCUAUCCUUGGCCGCUUCUGUGGCAGCAAGAAACCAGACCCUGUAGUGGCUUCUACCAACAAGAUGUUCCUCAGGUUUUACUCUGAUGCUUCUGUGCAAAGAAAAGGUUUCCAGGCGAAGCACAGCACAGAGUGUGGUGGGCUCUUGAAGGCUGAGGUUCAAACUAAGGACCUGUAUUCCCAUGCUCAGUUUGGGGACAACAACUACCCAGGUCAAGCCAACUGUGAAUGGGUGAUUGUAGCUGAAGACGGUUACGGGGUGGAGUUGAUAUUCCAGACCUUUGAGAUUGAGGAGGAGGCCGACUGUGGGUAUGACUACAUGGAGAUUUAUGAUGGUUACGACAGCGGUGCACCACGCCUGGGACGCUUCUGCGGCUCGGGGCCUCUGGAAGAAAUCUACUCUGCAGGGGACUCCAUCAUGAUUCGAUUCCACACGGACGACACCAUCAACAAGAAAGGCUUUCACGCCCGAUACAUAAGUACCAAAUUUCAGGAUGCCUUGCACAUGAGAAAGUAG